UGAAGCCGUGGCACUCGCUUCGCUCAUCAGGUGAGUAUAAAAAGGCCAUCUUUGGCUCUCAACUCCUAAAACAUCUUCGCGUUUUCUCCCUUUGCUCAACUGCCAGCAUCAGAACCUCAUCAAGCACUAUGUCUGGGAACACACUGUACGUCUCUCUGCUGUGCCUUCUUUCUAUCGCCUCUGCCUGCUAUAUCUCCAACUGCCCAAUAGGUGGCAAGAGAUCGCUAAUGGACACACCAUCCCGCAAGUGCAUGGCGUGUGGUCCUGGAGACAGGGGCCGCUGCUUUGGCCCCAGUAUUUGCUGCGCUGCUGGACUGGGCUGCUAUGUGGGCUCUCCAGAGGCAGCGGGCUGCAUGGAGGAGAACUACCUACCCAGCCCGUGUGAGAGCGGAGGAAGAGUGUGUGGAUCUGAGGGAGGCCGCUGCGCUGCACCGGGAAUCUGCUGCAACACAGAGGGUUGUAGCGCUGAUCAGUUGUGUAUGACUGAAGAUGAAGCUGAUUCAGAGAGUAAUGAGGGUCUUGGAGGAGAAGUGCUGAUGAAGCUCCUGCACCUGGCCAGACAGCACCCAGCCAGCAGAAACCACCAGUGAGCCUAUGAGGAACACUGGAUCUGAUUGGUGUGGUCUUUGUAUUACUGGAGCACUGGUAGACAAUAUAAUGCACUCCCCCUUUGAAAUGACUUUGUAUCAAAUGUAGCUGGGAUGUAUUUUAUGUACAAACAUUUAUACAUAAAAUGUAUCCUAAACCUUAAGGCACUGACUGCUAGCUUGCUCUCGGAAUAUGUGUCGACAAUAAAUGUAGCGAAGGAG